AUGCCGACCUGCCCUCCAGGCCUGGCUGUGCCGGCCGCCCGAGGGCUGAUUGACCAAGAAGUGGUCUUUGCAGAUGAGAAACUGGGGCCCGUGGAAGGCCAGCAGCCGGCUAGCGCAGCCCCGGAGCGGGAAGGGAUGUACGGGCAGGUGUGGCCUGAGCUGGCAGAGGCUGGCCGGUCCGGGGAGGGAGCUGGCCUAAUCACCUCGCCCAGCAGCCCCAUCAUCAUCAGUUGGUUUGUCCGGACCUUCAAGUACGUAUUUGGCCUUCGCUUUGACAUAAAGGGCCGCCAGAAGCUGGAGGUGGACCACCCGUGUGUCAUCAUUUCUAACCACCAGAGCAUCCUGGACAUGAUGGGCCUUAUGGAGGCCCUACCCAAGCGCUGCGUGCAGAUUGCCAAGCGGGAGCUGCUCUUCAUGGGGCCUGUGGGCCUGAUCAUGUACCUCGGGGGUGUCUUCUUCAUCAACCGGCAGCGCUCCAGGACCGCCAUGACCGUGAUGGCCGACGUGGGCGAGCGCAUGGUCAGGGAGAAUCUCAAGGUGUGGGUGUACCCUGAGGGCACGAGGAACGACAACGGGGACCUGCUACCUUUCAAGAAGGGUGCCUUCUACCUGGCGAUCCAGGCCCAGGUGCCUAUCAUCCCCGUGGUUUACUCCAGCUUCUCCUCCUUCUACAACUACAAGACGAAGUUCUUCACCUCAGGAACGAUCAGGGUGGAGGUGCUGGAUGCCAUCCCCACCAGUGGCCUCACCGUCGCUGAUGUCCCCAAGCUUAUGGAUAGCUGCCACCAGGCCAUGAGGACCACCUUCCUCCGCAUCUCCAAGACACCCCAGGAGAACGGGGCCACCGCAGGGCCUGGUUCCCAGCCCGCCCAGUAGCCGAAGCGGGGCAGGACCUGGGGGCAGGACGGGGCCGACCGGGGGCAGGGCCUGACUGGAGAAUGGACCGAGGGACCUCCUCCCCUGCCCCAGCUGCUAAACGUCACUGUGUCCUGCUCCUACGUGGUUCUCCCCGCUUUGGUUUCGCCCCGGAUGCAGGCCACUGCUUCCUGUCACGGGCCUCGGAUCCAGGCCUCCGACGUCCCCCAGGAGAGUCAGCUGGACCCUCCUCACGGAGCCCACCCUUGGGCCUCCCGGAUCUGGGAGCAGGCCUGGGCCCAGACGGGCUGGCGGCCUCGGGGUGGAUGGCCGGCGCUGAGACACUUUACCCUCCUGCCUGGGCCCGCGGGGUGCAGAAGCGGGGUGCAGGGCGGGCCCUCCGGGAGAAACGGGACUCUAGGUGGGGGCCAGACACCAGGUCCUGUGCAACCGGGGCCUCGGAGAGCCAGAAAGCAGAGGUCCUUGCUCCACUGGCCUCGGGGAGCAGGGCGGCCGCCCGGGCACCGCU